AUGGCGGCGGCGGACGGCCUCCUGUUUUGCGGCUGCGGGGACGGCACCGUUCAAGUGAUCGAUUUGGGCGCCGCCAGCCGCGGCGGCGACGGCGGGGGCCAGCCCGGCAGCAACGGCGCGUGUAGCAGCAGCAGCAGCGGCAGCGGCAGCGGCAGCGGCAGCGGCAGCGGCAGCGGCAGCGGCAGCGGCAGCGGCAGCGGCAGCGGCAGCGGCAGCGGCAGGGGCGGCGGCAGCGAAGUGGGGGCCAUUGCAGGAGAGCCGCUGUACGCGCUGCGGGCGGGCGCCGCCGCCGUGCGGACGCUCGACGUCGGCGCGGGCUGCCUCGUGUGUGGCGGCGACGACGGCUCGGUGGCGAGCUUUGAGUUUGCUGUAUGA